AUGUCACGACAUCGCGCCGUUCGUAAUCUAGAUCUCGACGAGGAACUGGCUGAAGACGACUACUAUGAUGAGGAUCCGUACGACAACCUUUCGCCAGAGGAUCACGAUGCUAUGAUGGAAGCAUACGCUCAGACUCUCGAAGUGAUCGGCCCUACCGUAUCCAACGGCUUUACAGAACGUGAGAUCAAGGACGUUCUCUGGGACGCCUACUUUGACGUCGACUCGGCAGUCACACAGCUCGUCGAGGAAAAGAGCCGAAGAGAAGCAAAAGCAGAAAAAGAUCGUCAGAAACAAGAAAGCGGCGAGAUGCAGAUGAAUGACGAAGACGAGCCGACAAUAAAGGCUUUCAAGCAGUUGUCCUUGCAGAGAGACCGGCGUGCCGAGAUCCGCGCUGGUCGAGGAAUGCCCCAAGGCAAGGCGCAAGGCCUUCGUGGCCUAGCUACGGGCGGUCGUGCUGGCAUGGCAAAACGGAAUCUUGCAGGUCUGGCCCCCAACUUUGUCCAAGACUCUCAAUCAUCGUCGCUCCCAUCGUCGAAUGCCCCUCCCGCGCCCUCGAAGGCUGUGUCCAAGCUCUCGGCUUUAGCAGCUCGGUCGAGUGCGAAGCGUUCAGCAGACAAUGUUCCUCUGCAUGCUGGCACUCGAGAACGACCAUUAUCACCUGCUUCCACUUCGUCACCAUCUGGCCAUUCUCCAAGCGCUACGCCUGCGCCUGUCUCUGCUUCUACAGCUUCCUCCGGUCGCACAAGUAAGCUCGCUGCUUUAGCUGCGGCGCGGACUGGAACCGGUGUAUCUGCAGCAAACGUUAUUGUACCACCUGCUUUGCAGACAAGCGGCUCAUCAAUCGGAGCAUCAGAUGCGCCAGCUAAGCCUCUCUCCAAGCUGCAACAGCGCAUGCUCGCUAACAAGCAACAGCGUCAGGCUGCGACGCCAGAAGCGAAGGAAGCAGCAGCGACGCAGGCGGCAGAGGAAGAAGCUCGAUCUCGUCCACAGACCUGUUUUGGAUCCGACUUGCCCAUCUCGUCCCUCUUCCCUGCCCCGGAUCACGCUCAGGAAUCGAAAACCCCGUCUGCGAUUGGUUUAGUGUCCGUCAGCGCGAUAGCUGGCUCGUCCAAGGAUGCAGUUGAUCAGCUGGUUGCCCCACUAUCGCUUCUCAGGAGGGUACCCGGAAGAUCGCCGUUCACUCUCUACGUUCAAGGCGCAGAUGAGGGAUCUGGGCUUGAGAUCGAGACGGUCAAGAAGGCAUUUGCUGGCCCAAGUCCGGACGAUAUCGUGAUGCAAGCACGAGAAGCCGCCAAGAAAGCAGCAGCAGCAAAUGCAUCAGCUCCAGCAUCUGGCACCUCGACACCACUGCAUCGAAAAGCAGCGGUCAGUCAGGCUGCCAAAGCAGCAGGUGGAAAGCCAGUCGGAACAACGGUGAGCCAACUUCGAAACGAGAUCGAAUCGCUCGAGAUUCAUGGGGGCUCCAGCAGCAAGGCUGCCUCAUCUGCAGGAUCAGCUGCACCAAGUGCGGUUUCGACGCCGAUGGGGAUUGCACACGAACGCAUCAUAGAAGAGUAUCGCAAGCGCGAGCGGGAAGGCAAGGCCGAGCUCAGCUUGGUGGUAGUAGGCCACGUCGAUGCGGGAAAGUCGACACUGAUGGGUCGCAUGCUGUUGGAGCUCGGCUCGCUGUCUCAACGCGAAUACUCGACCAACGAGAGGGCAUCUCAAAAGAUCGGCAAAGGCAGCUUUGCAUACGCCUGGGCGCUUGACUCUUCCGAAGAAGAACGCGAACGUGGCGUCACCAUCGACAUUGCGCAAGACCACUUUUCAACCCAACAUCGCACUUUCACGCUCCUCGAUGCUCCUGGACAUCGCGACUUUAUUCCCAACAUGAUCUCUGGUGCAGCGCAGGCGGAUUCGGCGCUACUAGUGGUCGACUCGAUCCAAGGCGCCUUUGAAGCUGGAUUUGGGCCAAAUGGUCAGACGCGGGAGCAUGCGCUGUUGGUACGCAGCCUGGGCGUCCAACAGCUCGUGGUGGUCGUCAACAAGCUCGAUGCGGUUGGAUACAGCCAAGAGCGAUACGACGAAAUUGUCGGCAAGGUCAAGCCGUUCUUGAUGUCGUGCGGGUUCGAUGCGGCUAAGUUGAGGUUUGUGCCUUGCGGUGGUUCCGUUGGCGAGAACCUGGCGGUGAGGGAGAGGGGAGGUGCAUUGUCGGCUUGGUAUAGCGGACCUACACUGGUCGAGCUUCUGGAUGAACUUGAGCCGCCAGCACGGCAGCUGGAUUCGCCGCUCCGAUUACCGGUGACGAAUGUGUUCAAGGGCCAGACGGCGAUCGCGUCAGGCGUAGCUGUCUCUGGACGAGUGGUGUCUGGCAUCGUACAGAUUGGUGAUCGUGUCCGGCCUGUACCAGGAGACGAGUCGGGCAUUGUACGAGCGAUCGAAGUCGACACCGAAUCGGUACCUUGGGCGGUGGCAGGAGCCAAUGCCACUGUGUACCUCUCCGGUAUCGAUCAGAUUCAGAUCUCGGUGGGAGCGGUGCUCUGCUCACCCUCGGCGCCCAUCGCUCUUUGCAGCUCGUUCCUCGCUCAAAUUCUCGUGUUCGAGCCCACGUACCCGCUCGUCGCCGGGACCAGCAUCGAACUCUUUCACCACAGCGCCAACAUCGCGGCUACGCUGACGGAACUCGUCUCAAUACUUGAUAAGACCACGGGUAGCGUCACAAAGGCCAAACCAAGAGUGCUGACAAAGGGGUGCACGGCCAUGGUCAAGGUGACAGUCAAGGCGGGUGGUCAAGCAGGCCAGAGUAGUGGGAUCCCGCUGGAAGAUGCCAAGACCAACAAGGAGAUGGCGAGGGUGUUGAUGCGCAUGAACGGUGAAACGGUCGCAGCGGGAAUUGUGGUUGAAGCUCAGAAUUGUUGA